AUGAAUUUCCACCUUUUCCUUUUGUCUUCUGCGUUUGUGGCGGUCUCUGGCCAGCUCGACAAGGUUGCGAAAGAAGCCGGACUCCUGUACUUUGGCACCGCAGUCGAUAACCCCAGUCUCAACAACCAAAAUUAUCUCCGUAUCGCUCGUGAUCCCGCUGAGUUUGGCUCGCUCACUCCGGCCAACGGACAGAAGUGGUCCAACACCCAGGCGAGCCAGGGGCGCUUCACUUACGGGAGUGGUGAUGCGAUAGCUAAUAUUGCACGACAGACAGGCCAGCAGUUGAGAUGCCAUACCUUGGUGUGGUAUAACCAGUUGCCUGGAUGGGUCAGCAGCGUCUACAGUCGCGAUCAGAUGCAACAAAUCAUUACCGCACAUAUCCAGAAUGUGGCUGGACACUAUAAGGGACGGUGCUAUGCCUGGGACGUGGUCAAUGAAGCUAUGGAGGAUGACGGAAGAUACCGCAACAAUCCUAUGUACCGAGCCAUGGGAGUUGACUACAUCACACACUCCUUCAAGGUAGCCCAGCAAACUGACCCCGCCGCGAAGCUCUAUUACAACGAUUUCAACAUUGAGCGAUGCUGCAACGCCAAGAUCAAUGCCACCAUCGCCAUGAUUCGCACUGUUAAGACCGCGGGGGCUCCCGUUCACGGAAUCGGCAUGCAGGGUCACUCCCGGGUGGGCAUGUCACCCUCCAAGCGAGAGAUGAAGGAGACCAUGGCUCGGUUCUCUGAGCUUGUCGACGAAGUUGCCUUCACCGAGGUUGAUAUUCGCCACACCAAGCUACCGAUCGGGGCGGCCGAGAGGGAACAGCAAGGGAAAGAUUACAUGGAAGUUGUAGGGGCAUGCUUGGAGAUGCCAAAGUGCGUCGGGAUCACUGUAUGGGAUUUCACUGACCAGUAUUCGUGGAUCCCUCAACAGUAUCCUGGGGAGGGAGAGGCGUGUCUAUGGGAUAGGAAUUAUAACAAGAAGCCAGCCUAUCACAGCAUCGUUGGACUACUGCAGAGUGCUGCGAGUUCUGGUCUUAGAACGUCCGCGACACCCGCACCAGCGGCUGCUGUUGCUGUUACUGCGGCUUGA